AUGGUUAAAGGCGAUCAAGGAAUUCUGAAAUUAAUUGAAGAUGGCUGGGAAACAUUAAUAUCACUUAAGCUACAUAUUAAUAAUAUUCAAGCAACGAUGCACUGUCUACAACAAACAAUGGAACGAAUGGCGCGAAAUAAUUCUGAAUCGGAUAGAAUACUAAGUCAACAAGAGCAAGGAUCAACAGAAGUAAGACGUCCACUAACAAUUAAAUUACCACGUCUUACCUUUAAAAAUUUUGAUGAGAUCCGAAGCAAUGAAGAGAAUUCUGGAGUGGAUUUGAAGCAGCGGUACAUCAAGAAACGAUUAACCAAAUUUACGGACUAG